GAGUGUUUAGAGUCCUGUCAUUUCAGUGUUGUGGUGUUGCCUCUCCUCUCGUAUGGCGUCAGUCAUUUCUUGUUGUCUGUGUUGUGGUGUUGCCUCUCCUCUCGUAUGGCGUCAGUCAUUUCUUGUUGUCUGUGUUGUGGUGUUGCCUCUCCUCUCGUAUGGCGUCAGUCAUUUCUUGUUGUCUGUGUUGUGGUGUUGCCUCUCCUCUCGUAUGGCGUCGGUCAUUUCUUGUUGUCUGUGUUGUGGUGUUGCCUCUCCUCUCGUAUGGCGUCAGUCAUUUCUUGUCUGUGUUGUGGUUUGCCUCUCCUCUCGUAUGGCGUCAGUCAUUUCUUGUUGUCUGUGUUGUGGUGUUGCCUCUCCUCUCGUAUGGUGUCAGUCAUUUCUUGUUGUCUGUGUUGUGGUGUUGCCUCUCCUCUCGUAUGGCGUCAGUCAUUUCUUGUUGUCUGUGUUGUGGUGUUGCCUCUCCUCUCGUAUGGUGUCAGUCAUUUCUUGUUGUCUGUGUUGUGGUGUUGCCUCUCCUCUCGUAUGGCGUCAGUCACUUCUUGUCUGUGUUGUGGUGUUGCCUCUCCUCUCGUAUGGCGUCAGUCAUUUCUUGUCUGUGUUGUGGUGUUGCCUCUCCUCUCGUAUGGCGUCAGUCAUUUCUUGUUGUCUGUGUUGUGGUGUUGCCUCUCCUCUCGUAUGGCGUCAGUCAUUUCUUGUUGUCUGUGUUGUGGUGUUGCCUCUCCUCUCGUAUGGCGUCAGUCAUUUCUUGUUGUCUGUGUUGUGGUGUUGCCUCUCCUCUCGUAUGGCGUCAGUCAUUUCUUGUUGUCUGUGUUGUGGUGUUGCCUCUCCUCUCGUAUGGCGUCAGUCAUUUCUUGUUGUCUGUGUUGUGGUGUUGCCUCUCCUCUCGUAUGGCGUCAGUCAUUUCUUGUUGUCUGUGUUGUGGUGUUGCCUCUCCUCUCGUAUGGCAUCAGUCAUUUCUUGUUGUCUGUGUUGUGGUGUUGCCUCUCCUCUCGUAUGGCGUCAGUCAUUUCUUGUUGUCUGUGUUGUGGUGUUGCCUCUCCUCUCGUAUGGCGUCAGUCAUUUUUUGUUGUCUGUGUUGUGGUGUUGCCUCUCCUCUCGUAUGGCGUCAGUCAUUUCUUGUUGUCUGUGUUGUGGUGUUGCCUCUCCUCUCGUAUGGCGUCGGUCAUUUCUUGUCUAUGUUGUGGUGUUGCCUCUCCUCUCGUAUGGCGUCAGUCAUUUCUUGUUGUCUGUGUUGUGGUGUUGCCUCUCCUCUCGUAUGGCGUCAGUCAUUUCUUGUUGUCUGUGUUGUGGUGUUGCCUCUCCUCUCGUAUGGCGUCAGUCAUUUCUUGUUGUCUGUGUUGUGGUGUUGCCUCUCCUCUCGUAUGGCGUCGGUCAUUUCUUGUUGUCUGUGUUGUGGUGUUGCCUCUCCUCUCGUAUGGCGUCAGUCAUUUCUUGUUGUCUGUGUUGUGGUGUUGCCUCUCCUCUCGUAUGGCGUCAGUCAUUUCUUGUUGUCUGUGUUGUGGUGUUGCCUCUCCUCUCGUAUGGCGUCAGUCACUUCUUGUUGUCUGUGUUGUGGUGUUGCCUCUCCUCUCGUAUGGCGUCAGUCAUUUCUUGUUGUCUGUGUUGUGGUGUUGCCUCUCCUCUCGUAUGGCGUCAGUCAUUUCUUGUUGUCUGUGUUGUGGUGUUGCCUCUCCUCUCGUAUGGCGUCAGUCAUUUCUUGUUGUCUGUGUUGUGGUGUUGCCUCUCCUCUCGUAUGGCGUCAGUCAUUUCUUGUUGUCUGUGUUGUGGUGUUGCCUCUCCUCUCGUAUGGCGUCAGUCACUUCUUGUCUGUGUUGUGGUGUUGCCUCCUCUCGUAUGGCGUCAGUCACUUCUUGUUGUCUGUGUUGUGGUGUUGCCUCUCCUCUCGUAUGGCGUCAGUCACUUCUUGUUGUCUGUGUUGUGGUGUUGCCUCUCUCGUAUGGCGUCAGUCAUUUCUUGUUGUCUGUGUUGUGGUGUUGCCUCUCCUCUCGUAUGGCGUCAGUCAUUUCUUGUUGUCUGUGUUGUGGUGUUGCCUCUCCUCUCGUAUGGCGUCAGUCAUUUCUUGUUGUCUGUGUUGUGGUGUUGCCUCUCCUCUCGUAUGGCGUCAGUCACUUCUUGUUGUCUGUGUUGUGGUGUUGCCUCUCCUCUCGUAUGGCGUCAGUCACUUCUUGUUGUCUGUGUUGUGGUGUUGCCUCUCCUCUCGUAUGGCGUCAGUCAUUUCUUGUUGUCUGUGUUGUGGUGUUGCCUCUCCUCUCGUAUGGCGUCAGUCAUUUCUUCUUGUCUGUGUUGUGGUGUUGCCUCUCCUCUCGUACGGCGUCAGUCACUUCCUGUUGUCUGUGUUGUGGUGUUGCUUCUUAAUAUGGCGUCAGUCCCUUCCUGUUGUCUCAGUGAGAGGAACACUUCAAAGGCCUCACACAAGCAUCAGUCACAGACCAAAGGAUGAUUUUGUCAGCCUUUCUUCCUCCCUCAAUCUCUUUCUCACUAGUUCAUUCAUCCCUCCGCUUUCCCCCUCUUUCUUGUCCCCCCCCUCCCUCCCUUCUCG